AUGUUUCAAGAACGUUUUUUGACGGUUUUGUUCGGCGCAGUAAUGUCGAUAACGGUGCCUUCCACUGGAUUUAGUCCUGAACGAUCAGAAUUUUUGAAUACCCAAAACGAAAAAUUCAAAGUAAAUAUUCCAGCUACUUGGAACGUGGUGCCAUCGUUAGAGACAGAUCAAAAAAUCACCGUGGACCACACUUCCAGCCCGAAAACGGAAGUGACCGGUAUCGAUAAGGGUCUGCAAAUCUCAGACACGAAGGUAGCGACGAAGACGAUGGAGCAAACGAGUCCUGCAGACGCGGCACGCGAUAAAAGAUUCGAUUUCGUCAUAGACAAUGGGAAAAACAUUAAUAUUGUCAUGAUCAUUGCUGAUCCUGGCCAGGAUCAGGAGGAAUUCUGGAAGAACUUCAAGGCUUCUCAUCUCUUCUCUGUAGAAGGAAUGCUUCAAAGUUGUAACAACAAUCAAGUGGACAAGAUUCAAUCAAGAUUCUCACUGGACGAUGCAUUGAUUUCUGCUAACAGAGACAAGAAACACGAUUGUGAGCACAUGUUGCGUUCAAACAUUGCGUCAUUAUUGCUUUGGACACGAGACGUUAAAGGAAUGACUACAGGAACAUUGUCAAAUGGGAACUUCACAAUUCCAUCCUUAUUUGGAUUCGAAGAAACUGUAGGGCUUUCGAAAGAGUUCGACGAAAUUGAAGAGAAUAACAUGAAACCAGAGAUUCACAAGCUCAAACCGGAAAUUCGUGACUGGCACGUGAUCGACGUAGCAAAACCAACCAAUCGUGUUUCCUCAUUUAUGUCUACGCAAAGCAAUCGAGAAGAUGACGAAACUGCAUGGAACGUGUUCGACAUGUUCUCGAAGAUAAGGAUGGUCCUGUUCCGCUCGUUGUUGGAAUCUCUUGGAAACGUUGGCGCCUCUGAGGAACCCAUUCCGUCUCGCAGAGCGCAUUUCCUUCGAUCCAAUUUAAUAGACAUGGUCGAGGAAUUGAAGUCGGUUGAAAACGAAAAAGGUUUCAUAUUGGUCGCCUCAGUACCUGCCUCUGAAGUUAAUUCUGCGUUGGAAACUCUACAACGUGAAGCACAGGAUACUCUUGUUAUCAUAACUGGAGUCUGCACACACGAUGGCAAGCCUGUGCCAUAUUUUGCCAGAGGUCCAUCCGCCAAAGUAAUUCGUGAGGCGACGAAAAUUUGGGAUAUUCCCAAUGCAAUCAGAAAUGUUAUCGCGAAUGGUUGUCAGGACUGCAAAAAUCGUCGACACGAUGCUUCUCCACCUCCAAUUGCAGUCAAUCAGUUGAAGAUCGUUCCCCAUAACUUGGCCAAUUUGAAGAGAUCUUUGCGAGACACUGUUAAAAAAACGGAUGACGACAAGAAAUUGAUUGAUGCUCCAGUUAAUAAGAAUGAAAUUAUUAAAACCGUUGCUGAUUUAAAUGCGAAGGAAGAAACAAAGAACGAAGAUACAGAUUUAUUGCCGAAAUUAGACACAAAUUCAGCAAAUUUCAAAAUGGCGGACAAAUUUACCACAAUUUUAGGUAUAAUACUCUCGAUGGUUGGCGCAUUCACACUCACCUCUUAA